AUGGAUCUGCUGUGCUGCGAGAUAACUGAAGAAACAGAAUGUCAUGCUUAUCCGGAUCCAGCUUUACUUGGAGAUGAUAGAGUUCUGCAGAAUUUGCUGAAAACUGAAGAACGUUACGCACCAAGCAGCUCUUACUUUGAAUGCGUACAGAAAGAUAUCACGCCGCUCAUGCGCAAGAUUGUCGCCGAGUGGAUGUUGGAGGUUUGUGAAGAAAGAAAGUGCCAAGAAGAAGUAUUUCCACUGUCGAUGAAUUAUCUCGACAGAUUUUUGUCCAUCUGUCCAAUAAGAAAAACUCAACUGCAAUUGCUUGGAACGGCGUGUCUUUUAUUGGCGUCAAAACUUCGGGAGACUAAGCCACUGACUGCUGAGCUCCUUGUUUAUUACACCGACAACUCAAUCACACUCGAUGACCUCUGGAGGUGGGAGCAGCUGGUGGUUUCAAAGUUAAAGUGGGAAUUGUCAGCAGUUACGCCCGGGGACUUUCUCCUGCACAUCCUCAGCCGCUUGCCGGUGGAUUCACGAGCAUGGGACUUUUUGAUGAUAAAAAGACAUGCACAGACUUUCAUUGCGCUGAGCGCAAGAGUAGACGCAGACGUUGCUAAUAAUCAGUCUAUUUAUUCUGUUGCAGAGUACAAAUUUUCAAUGUACACGCCGAGUAUGAUUGCAGCUGCCAGCAUAGCAGCGGCACUACACGGUCUCGAUUGGACUGGAAAAAGUGGUUACGGACUUGCUGGACUUCUCGAUGAACUCACCCGUAUCACAGCCAUUGAACAG